AUGGCCGGCCUACGGUUCGCCACGUUGCUGUGGAUUUUUCUGGUCCAUUUAGCUGGAAUUUAUCUCUUCACGAGAGGAUUUCUGCUCAUGAGAUUGUCCUUAACGGACAUUUCUGACUGCGAACCACAUUGCACUAUCAUACCGACGCACAAACGCGCAAUUGUCUUGGUAAUUGACGCCCUUCGGUUCGACUUUAUUUCACCAAAUCCACCCAGUCCACCAUCGGAAUACCACCACAACAUCUUGACUCUUCCUAGACGGCUGACGGAGGCACACCCGGAACACUCUUUUCUAUUCGACAGUCAUGCGGACCCACCGACAACGACACUUCAACGUAUCAAAGGACUAACUACCGGAUCGCUGCCCACCUUUAUGGAUAUCGGAAACAACCUGGGAGGGUCUUCGAUUGCCGAAGAUUCAAUUAUGGUACAACUUCAGAGGGCUGGAAAGAAGGCUGCGGUAACUGCUUACAAUACAGCAAGGAAGGUUGCCUUCAUGGGUGAUGAUACCUGGAUGAGCGUGUUUCCAAAUUCCUUCCACCCGGACAUGACCUUCCCGUACGACUCGUUCAACGUGGAAGACCUGCACACAGUAGACGAAGGAGUAAUCGAACAUAUCUUUCCGCUGCUUGAAGACCCGUCCAAGCCCUUCGACUUCCUCAUUGGCCACUUCCUGGGGGUUGACCACGUCGGCCAUCGCGCUGGUCCCGAGCACCCGAUCAUGAAAUCCAAGCUUCAGCAAAUGAACGACGUUCUCGAACGUGUCGUCGAGAAGAUGGACGACGAUACCCUCCUCGUCCUUCUAGGAGACCACGGAAUGGACCGAUCGGGCGACCAUGGUGGAGACAGUACCCUCGAGACGUCCGCAGCACUGUGGAUCUACAGCAAAGGAGCACCCCUCACACAGAAGCGGUCGAAGGUCCCCAUCCCAUCUGGCCUUCUGCAAUACAGAACCUUCCCAGGUGCAACCGUUCCUCAUCGCGCAGUCCAGCAAAUCGACCUCCUACCCACCCUCUCCCUCCUCCUCGGACUCCCCAUCCCUUUCAACAACCUCGGAGGCGUCAUCCCAGAACUCUUCUGGAGAGAUAGCCGCGGGAAGAUUCUGGAACGCGCAUUGGAGCUGAACGCACAGCAGAUUCACCGUUUUCUUACUACCUACCGGGCGUCGCCCUCAGGAGGAGAGCUGGACGAAGCUUGGAACACCCUUCAGCGGGCAUGGGAGGCCGUGGCCAACGCGACACCUGGGACGGAAGCGAAGCUGGUCGCGAUGAACAACUUUGCACGGCAGUCGCUCGCUGCCUGCCGCGUCAUGUGGGCCCAAUUUAAUCCCAUCUUGAUGGGGAUGGGACUGGCACUCUUCGGGAUGUCGCUAUGCGCCUCUUGGGGUCUGUUUGUCGGAUUCUCCAAAGCACAAAUGCAAUGGAAGGAAUGGGUACGAGGAAACGGAUCGAAAUGCCUCAUUGCAACAAUCUUUGGCACCAUUGCAGGUAUCGGUGUCUCCUUCGUUGGUCGCAUGGUAUGGGAAGGCAUCGGCGUCAUCGACUAUGCUAUCUUUGGCGCGACAUUAGCAUCAUGUGCAACAGUCAUCAUCCUUUCCCCGCCUUUCACAGGCCUUUCCUCCCUCUCCCUCUCGCCCGUCCUUAUGAUCCUCCAUGCCGCCGCCUUCCUAUCCAACUCAUUCACAGUAUGGGAAAAUUGGAUUAUCCCCUUCUUUGCCGUCACAGCGAUCAUCCCAUACACACUCAAAGGCCUCACCUCGUUGAACGCGCAAGUUCGGUUCCGCACCGCUGCCUUCUCGCUGCUAUACGCAAUCGCCAUUCGCCUCAUGUCGGUCAGCACAGUGUGCAGGGAGGAGCAACAGCCGUACUGUCAUGUUACGUUCUACGCUUCCUCCUCCUUGACAGCACCGCCCAAGCUCGUGGUCCUUUUGGCGAUACCAACAGCCCUCGCAAUUCCCCGAAUCAUUCGCCGAUUCCUCAACCCUUCGCUAUCCUUCAACGGCAUUGCAAAGAUCUACUACCCCCUCAUUUUCUCUCCUUCCAUCCUAGGCGGAGCGUUGUAUUGGAUCCUCGAAUGGGCCGAUACGACUUCAGCUCUGGGUGAAGAAUGGAACCCGACGCUGCGACUCGCCCGCACCUGGAUCGCAAGGUUCGCGUUUGGUUGGGUCACAGUUGCGGGUUUAGCUCUGUGGUACUACGUGCCCCUUUGCAUCGAGGUCACCGCCAUCGACAAAGGCACAGUCAUCCUCGGUUUCGGAAACAUCUUCGGCGCAAGCUACCUCGUCUACUGGUCCAUCUUCUUCACCAUCGUCUACAUCACCACGCAAGCGCCCGGUCAAAUCGUUCUCGGCCUGGGGAUGGUGGCGCUCAUCGCCUACCUGGAGGUUGUCGACAUCGAACGGGACACUACCUCGAGGUCGGGGGUGCGGUUCUGGGACGUGGUCGCUGUGGCCCUACUGGGACUGCACGCGUUCUACACGACUGGCCACCAAUCAACUAUCCCUUCUAUCCAGUGGAAGACGGCAUUCUUGAUUACACCAACCGUGAAGUACCCCUGGUCGGCAAUGACGGUGAUCACCAACUCGAUCGGCCCAAUCUUCCUUUUCGCCCUCGCUGUCCCUCUCGUCGUCUUAUGGGGCUUCUCUCCCCGCGGAAUUCAGAUACCCGAUAUCAGCUCGACGGUCGAGUUGAAUGCUGCAUUGGUGGGGAUUGGGGUCAUGAUCUACUACGCUACGCUCCUUAUGGGAGCCAGCAUCAGUGCUGCGGUAUUGAGACGCCACUUGAUGGUGUGGAAGAUCUUUGCCCCCAGGUUCAUGGCGGCUGUUUUGGGCUUGGUUGUUGUUGAUCUGGCAGUUUUGGUUGGAGUUGGUUUUGGCGUAUGGAGGGUAGGUGGGUUUGUCGAACACACCUUCCGGAAACUGGCAGGGCCCGAGAACGAAGCCCCGAAAGAGGAGUAG